UCUAGUGACACCUUGUGGAGUGAAGGAUUUGGAAGGGUCACCCCAAGCAGGAAGAGCACAGGUCUAUGCCAAAAAAUGUGCACUGUCAUUGUUCAAUUCUUUAUUUUGCAUUCUUGAAUACCAGGAGAAGCAUGAAUGAAUUGAUGCGUAAAGAAUCAAGAAACAGCAUCUCCUCCCAAUUAAUCCAGUUGACAAGAGCCUUAACUGCCCAGGUAUCCAGCAAGUUGGCUUAGUGAUGUCAAGCUUCAAAGGCAAUGCCCUUAGGGGCACUUUCUUCCUGGUCUUUGGGCUCGGGUGGUCUGUGAAAUACCCACUAAAAUACCUAAGCCGGACGCUGAAUCCAGACAGUCAGGCAAGUCGCUGGAUCCAGAAACUAGAUAUCCUCGAAGGGGCAGCCAAAGCUUUCCUUGCUCUAGCAGGGAUGCUGGCUGAGCAGUUCGUCCCCGACGGCCCCCACAUGGGUCUCUACAGUAGAGAGACCCACAGUUGGGAGAAGCUGACUAACUGGCAGUACACGACCAUGUACCUCUUUUAUGGCCUCUCGGGCGUUGUGGAUGUUCUCUCCUAUUCCCCGCUCAAGCUGUCUCUGGGACUGGAUCGCCUCUUGCUGUCUGUGGCUAUGUUUACUGAAGGUUUCCUGUUCUGUUUCCGUGACUACAAUAAUACUGCUCUGGAUCAGCACCUCCACUCCUUGCUGCUCAUCGCUAUAUUUGGUGGAGCCCUUUGCGCCCUGAUGGAAGUGUUCCUGCGGGAUCACACCAUCCUGGAGUUCUUCAGAACCAGUUUCUUCAUUGUCCAGGGAUCCUGGUUCUGGCAGAUUGGGUUUGUGUUGUCCCCACCGUGGGGAGGGCCAGGCUGGGACCAGACCGACCAUGGAAACUUCAAGUUCCUCACUAUGUGCUUCUUCUGGCAUUACGCAGCUGCUCUUCUGGUCACAGCAGCCAACUCUGUUUUUUCUUCUUGGUACAGAAAGGCAUGUCAGGCAAACUUUGGAAAUAUCGAUGUCGAACUCGACUGUGGGUUUUGUUUACGGAAAACCAACCAAAGCCCUGAACCCGUCCUCCUCCCAGAGGAUGGGUUGGAUGAAAAGUGAGGACUUGGCUGACUUCUCUGCUUUCCUGAGGAUUGUCCCCCUUGUUAAAAGCACUUAAGAUGAGAUUUUUAUUUGCCAUUUUAAAUAAAGUCGAGACUUUACAAGGGGGUAUCUAAGGUGGGAGAAAAGUGUGCACAAUGUCCCAUUAUGCAAUAUGUACAGAACUAAGGUGUAAGAAUUUUCUCUCCCCGCCCCCAUCCCUGCAGAUUCCCUUUAGAGCUGAAAAGUGUGCUGAUUUUUUUUUUCCUUUUUAAGUUAUUUUUUAAAAUAAUACUGUAGAUAUUGGGUGUAGACAUUCAAAUGUUAUGACUACACUGCAUGAGCAAGUUGGCAUUUGGAGUCUCAUAUCUACGUGGUCGGCUAAGCUAUUUGCCCCUCCUUCAACUAAUCCAGUUUCCGAAUUGAAUUGAGAUUUAGCAUUGAACUGUAGAGUUGGGAACCCUAGAUGGGCAUUUCAUGAACUACACUGAAAUGGGUUUGAGCAAACCCCUGGAUUACAGCUAGAGUACUGGGAGAUAUACAGGAAGGUCAUCAUUCUCUUUCGUGUGUUAAUAUGAUAUAUUUCAUUGUUUUUUGUGUACAGUAUAAUUUAAUUAUAUAAUUUUCAAGUACACGUGUCUACAAAUAAAAAAGUAUU